AUGGAUCCAUCAAUGCUCGUCACAAGGUCAUUACUCAAUCAAUUCCAGGUCGAAAUGGAGCCAAGACAAAGCCAGCCAACCGAUUAUGGCCGUUUUGUAAUUCAUGUUGUAAAGCGCAUGACACAACAGUCGAGCGCUAUCGACCAAGCCAUGUUACGUCGGGCGAUCGGGCUCGCAUCAUCAUACCUUGUGACAGAUACAAGUACCAAUGCCGAACAUGGCAUCCAGACGUGGUGUACUGGAUUCCAUCGCCUUGUCGAUAUUAUGGUUGUGUUACAUUCCAGAGGGGAGCUGGAACUUGAGACAGUCAACGAGGCGUCGAAAGCGUGUUCUGAAUGUUGGAGUGUGGCCGGAACUUGGCGGGGAAUGGAGGAUUGUCGUCAGGGUGUGAAGGAGGUUGCUGCUAAGCUUAAAAAGUUGCUUGAUGAGCCUCACAGAAGAACGUAUAAAGGAUCCAAAGUGUAUACCCCAAGCAGUAGUUGA